UCGUGCCUCGAAGCGGAUACCGUUGUUUGCGCUCCCAAAACAAUUGUGUGUGAUGUCGUGAAUAUGGCAUCGACGCGGAAGACAAUACGCUCAAUAGAGGAUCACCUCCGACUUGGACUGCCUGUUCUAUUUAGUGAGCUCGUCGUUUUCAAAUGGACACCGGACGAGGGAUUUCCGCCCGUCAGCGAGGGCUUCCGAGCGAGCUUCGAACAGAUGCAAGAGGUUGAAAACCUAGAAAACGAAUUGCGGGUAUUCUUCGGCUCAUUCGAGAGAGGACUUGAAGCUUUAAAAGAUUUCGAAGUUCAACGGAACACUUUCAAAUUCCUCGAUCAAUAUGGAACCCUCGCAGACAUUCUUAAAGUUGAUCUUCUCCGUCUGCCCUCGCCCGCUCGGAGUUUAGUACCAGAGUAUCUCGAGGAGAGGAUCCGGGGCCAAGCCAAGUGGUUCAGGGGGGAGGACGAUUUCUCGCUCGAUUUUGCCAAAGAAUUUUUGCGACGGAAGUUUUGUACUAUGAGGAGCUCCUUCAAGGCGCCGCAGCCCACCAGUUUGAAUCCACCAGUUCCACCUCCCAGGAGGAACCGAUCGGGCCCAGCUCGAGACUCGCAGCCUUCAACUUCUCAAGCCAUGUCAGCGUACACGGCUUCAGGAAGACUCCGAAGGAACUCGGCACCAACCACAAUGACUAGUCCACCAAAGCCUCGGAGGAUGACCGCGGAAGAGCUCCCGUCGCCCCCGCCAACUCCACCUCCGCUCCGAGAAGGAAAUGACGACAAUAUCGGAAUUGCUCAAGAGAACGAAGCGAACAACGAAUCUGACGAAGCAGAGCAGGAACUCAGUGGACUCGAAGAGGCUCAACUGGUACCCUCGACCUCCCCCGCCCGACCCGCUCCCCAGCGAUCACAGGCGGCGGAUCAGGAGAUACCCAGCGAAGUGAUUGAAGACGAAUUCGAGCGUAACAAUAAUCUCAGUGAGCGCAACGACGCACAGAAGAGUACCGAAGACCAACCCGCUGUGAAGUCGAAGAUAAAGAACCCCGUCAUAAGUGAUGUGGAUCGACCUCUCCACGAAACCGCAAUGUGAAACGGUCGUUCGGAAUAAUUGUAUAGGUAUAUUCCUUUGACGAGAUAUAGGAAAGGAAUCACUGCGAUUUGUUCGCGGUCCGGAAUCAAAGUGUAUUUUCAGAGCCGUCGGUUUCUUCUUCAUGGCUCCCCCCCUUCUCCUCCCGAGGUUUGAAUCGUUUAUACGUGUUUCAUGAUUAGUGUACUAGGCCAACGUUCUCCCUUCCUACCAAGUUCUCCUCUUUGCGAUUUUUUUGUGACGCAGAGGGCAACCACGGUGACACGCGCCCUAAGGCGUAUCCUAUCUGUGUUUGUUAUUUGAUAUGCCGAGCUGCUCGCCUGGACAACGUUGUAGAUCCUCACGGGUACAAAUCGCAUAUACAGAAUAUUUUCAACGGUAUCUACAAGAAAUUCUACCGUAUCAUACUAUACUUGUGGAAUCGACUUUUCGAGCCAUUUUCUGAGAAUUCAAGGAAGCCGGCACCUGUUGGAGUCACAAAUGCGGUACGACUCGAUACAGAUAUUCUUGUACAACGAAAUCCUAUCUUCUCCAGUGCUGUUACGCGAUGAUUGGAUGUCGGGAAUAUCCGUGACCGAGAAGCGACAUGUGCAUAGAGAGAGAAAACAGGAACUCGGUUUAAUUGUACAAAAUGCCUUUCCCAGAUUUAUUUUUUACAGGGGCAGCUGCUAAUAAACAGCAUCACGAAUUUACAAAACAUACAA